AACUUUGCUGAAAACUCCUAGAAAAAUAAAUGUUAAAGCUAUUACAGGUGGUGCAUACUACCAUUUUGGAAUUGAAAAUUGCUUAACAAAAUCGAAACAUUUAUUUAAAUUUCUACAUUCUCAUCCAAAUGAGACUCCAGUUAUCCAUUUGCAAAUUAAUUUUGAUGGUUUGCCUUUAUUUAAAUCCUCAUGCAGUCAAUUUUGGCCAAUUCUUGGAAGAAUUUGUAAACCAUUUGAAUCUGAUCCAUUCCUUAUUGGUUUGUAUUAUGGAGGUAGCAAACCAGUUAGCAUUGAAGAAUAUUUAACGGAUUUUGUGAAUGAAAUGCAAGUACUCGAGAAAGGUGCCACUUCACUCAGAUUUGAAGACAACGAAGAUUCUAUUUUUCCUAUUAAACUGUGUAUAUCUUGUUUUAUAUGUGAUGCUCCAGCGCGGUCUUUUGUUAAGAAAACAAAAGGGCAUUCAGGUUACUGGGGCUGUGAUAAAUGUUGUCAAAAAGGGGAGUGGGCUGAAAAAGUCAUCUUUCCUGAAAUAAAUGCAACAUUACGUUCAGAUGAAGCUUUCGAUUUAAUUGAAGAUGAAAAUCAUCAAUUUCAUGGAUUAUCUCCCUUGACUAGUUUGUCAGUUGGCAUGGUCACUCAGUUUCCUUUAGAUUACAUGCAUUUAGUGUGCUUAGGGGUUACAAGAAGAAUUCUUUUACUCUGGCUUAAGAGUCCAGUUUCAAAAGGCCUUAGAAUAGGAAAUCAAGCUGUCCAGCAGAUAUCAAACCGUCUACUACUCUUCAAAGAAUAUAUUCCACGUGAAUUCUCUAGAAAAUGCCGUUCUCUGCAUGAUAUAGAAAGGUGGAAAGCUACAGAGUUUAGGCAGUUUUUGUUAUACAGUGGUAUAGUUGCAUUGAAAGGAAAUAUAGACAAAGUACAUUAUAGUCAUUACCUUUUAUUCUUUGUUGGUAUUUAUUGCCUUACUAGUCCUACUUUAUGUUACAGUCAUGUUGAUUAUGCACAUGAACUGUUGUGUAUGUUUGUAGAAGAAGCUAAAGAACUUUAUGGUAAAGAAUUUCUGGUUUAUAAUGUGCAUGGGCUCACACAUUUGGCAGCAGAUGUUAAGAAUUUUGGACCACUAGAUUCUUUCAGUGCUUUUCCAUUCGAAAAUUUUUUGGGUAUGUUGAAGAAACUUGUUCGUAAACCACAGACACCAUUAGAACAAGUUGUCAAGAGGUUAUCGGAAAGAGCAGUCUCAGAUAAAGGAUUAUUUUCAUCUCAAGAUUUUGUAACUGACAAGCCUUAUCCUUUUCCAAAAAAAAAACAUUGUCUUGGGCCAUUGCCAAAUGGAAAACAUUCUCAUUAUGGAUUUGUCUUCUGA